CAAAGAUACACCAGGUGCUCUGACCCACUUUUUGCGUUGUUUUGGCUUUGCACACCAUGGCCAUGCUGUUGCCGGUUUAGUUAGAAUUGAAUUGAAUCGAUUACUAGUAUACUACUGUAACCAUGGCGUCGGAUGACAAGUUGAGGUGUGCCAUUGUGUACCGCUUGGAAGGUGCAGGUCCAACAGCCGUGCCUUUGGCGCAGUUGGACUAUCUCAAGGAAGUGGAAACCCACAAGAAGGACAGCGAAGGCGAUUUGUAUGGAGGCAAAAAGGCCAACUUUGCCAAGGCAGUUGCUCGUGUUGUGGGAAAUGAUCCACCAACAGGUGUCAGUCAGGGUCAAAAGGUGGGAGGAUUCAAGGUAGUGCAGUCAGAUGAACAUCAGGUGGUUUAUGGCGCUGAUCUAGAGGGGAUCUGCUAUUGCGUGAUUACAGGAUUGAAGUAUCCCAAUAGGAUUGCCAUCAAGUUCCUGGAAGAGUUGGGAGAAGAGUUCCAAAAGACGAUUGGUCAUGAAGCGCUUAAGAAGGCCAAGGAGGAUUCUCUCACUUCCAAAAAGGACAGCAAGAAAAUCCUUCAGGCCAUGUGCAAAAAGUUUGAAACGCCCGCCUCUUCUGACAAGACACACAAGGUUUUGGCACAGGUGGACAAGGUCAAGGAACAAAUGCAAGACAACAUUGCCGGGAUGAUGAAGAAUCAAGAAUCUGCGGAAAGCUUGAACGAAAAGUCGGCUCAGCUCAAUGAGCAAGCUGGUGUCUUUAAGAAGAACAGCAAGAAACUCAAGAACACCAUGUGGUGGCAGAACAUGAAGAUGACACUGGCGCUUGGCUGUGUUGUGGUGGUCGUAGCCAUUCUCCUGUUGCUUCCUAUCAUUACCAAUGUUGGAAGUUUCACCACCAUGAUUACAGGAGGUGGUGGUGAUGAAGGAGGACGCCGAUACCUUAUCUUUGGAGCAGGGGAUAUUGAUGAUGAGAUCAUUGACUACGAUGAGGGCGUUUACUUUGACAUGGCAGAAGCAGAGUUGGAUGAUGUUGACACGAAAGUUUAUUUGGAUGGCGACGAGAUCUUUGACUAUGACACUGAGGAGGCCGUUUACUUUGAUUUGGCAGAAGGAGGAGACGUGGAUGAUGUUGACAUGAAACUUGAUUUUGAUGACGAUAUCUUGCACUAUGACAAUGAGGAGGCCGCGUACUUUGCAUGAUGGGGCAGAAGGAGAGUUGAAUGCUGUCACGGAAGUUCUACUGGAGGAAUAGUAUGGAUCUGGAAGUUGUUUCUUUGUGUGUAGUGCGCUGCUGCUCGGGAUAUCCAUUAGCGCGGCUGGAUGAUACGGUAGGAUGGAUUGACGUUGUCGGAGGCGAAUCUUACGUU